AUGAAGUUUUCUCUACUCUCGUCCUAUCUCGUUGCCAGUAUCACUCAGGUCACUUCUUCGGCCUGGGAGCUUCGAACAAGCUCUGGACAAAUCCACACUGGAACCCUGCCUCAAACCCAAUGUCAAACUAUUUUCAUUCCUCGAGGUGCCCAAAUAAGCUGGAAUGGAUCCAAGGGCGCUGCAACCCUUCAGUUGUUUGACGUGCCAGGAAAAUGUAAUCAAGUCUACCGAAUAGUCAUUGGUGCUGGAGAGAUCAAUGCUUCAAAUGAUAUCUACGCAUAUUUUGUGAAGCCAUGA